AUGCUCGGCGGUCGACUCGCAACGACUUUGACAUUCACCCUGCUCGGUCUAUUUCUAUGCAGUCUCGUACAAGCAGACUACGGCCCCUAUCAUCAAUCCGUGGACUACGAUGAAGGGAAAUUCGGCGCCUGGCCGACAGAAACGUAUCGAUCCACGCCUAUCAUCGGGCCCACGCUCAACUAUCUGGAGUCCAGCACGCAAUGCAAGGAUGGGCAGUUCACGAUGAUUGCGCCGCGCGGUGCAGGCGUCGCAACUCCCGGGCCGAUGAUCAUCGAUCAGGAUGGCCAUCUCGUCUGGACGAAGGAUUACGGGAAGACGUAUAACUUGAACGUCUACCGCUAUCGGGGCCAGGAUUAUCUGACCUUUUGGACGGGGAAUGAUGGAAUUACGGGUCAUGGGGAUGGGACCUAUUAUAUGCUCGACUCCAACUACCAAGAAGCAUACAAGAUCCGCGGCGCCAACGGCCUACCCGCAGAUCUACACGAAUUUCACAUCACAUCGAACGAGACGGCCGUGUUCACCAUCUACGAAACGCGGCCGGCCGAUCUGCGCACCGUCGAAGACGGUCCCCAAGACGGAUGGAUCUACGACGGCACGUUCCAAGAAGUCGACAUCGAGACCGGCGAGCUGCUCUUCCAAUGGCGCGCCUCCGACCACUUCACCUUCGCGGAGAUGUUCCGUGGCCGCGAAGGCAACGGCGAGUCGGAGGACCGGCCUUGGGACUUCUUUCAUAUCAACAGCAUCGACAAGGACGAGCUGGGCAACUUCCUUAUCUCCUCUCGCUACGCGAAUUGUCUUGCCUAUAUUGAUGGCCAGUCGGGCUCUGUCCUCUGGCGUCUCGGUGGCGCUAAUAAUUCCUUUACGGAUCUCUCGCCUUCUCAGUCCGCUACCAAUAUCACCUGGCAGCAUCAUGCGCGGUUUCAACCCGCCAGCUCAAACUCCAACUCCACCCUGACACCCAACAGUAGCACCAACACAACCACAACCUCCCUCACGGUCUUUGACAACGCCUCCCGCGGCAUCGGCGCCCCCACCCUCACCAGCCGCGGCCUCUACCUGGACCUGGACACGACCUCCAUGACCGUCUCCAUCCGCCACGAAUACUGGAACCCGCACCCAAUCAGCAGUCAAUCGCAAGGCUCCGUACAAGUCCUAGACUCAGGCAACGUGCUCCUCGGCUACGGCUUCAACGCCGCAUGGACGGAAUACAAUAUCCACGGCGACGUGCUCUGCCACGUGCACUUCGGCCCGGAGAUCGGGUUCGGGAAAGGCGAUAUCAUCUCAUAUCGCGUCUUCAAACACCCGUGGGUCGGGAUGCCGCUGACGAGACCGGACUUGGCCGUUUAUGCGUACGAGGCGGCCGUGAGUUGGAAUGGGGCGACGGAGGUCGCGACGUGGGUGUUGCAGGGCUUGUCCCCCUCCUCCGAAGAUGGCACGGAUAGCCAAGAUGGCAAGGACGAAGAAGAAAUCGACAUCAAAGCCCUCAACCACGCCAUCAGCACCUCUGAAUCCACCUCCUUCAACCCCAACGAAUCGCUCACCUCACCCGCCUUCAACUUCCUCGCCGCGGUCCCCAAAUCCGGUUUCGAAACCAUAAUCCCGAUCCCCUUACACAUCCAAAAACAAGCUCUCCGCGUCGUCGCCCUAAACGCGACAGGCCACGUGCUAGGCGCGACGCUCUUCGUGGCCUGGGAUCCGGCGAGCAGUGAAGCGGGCGUGACGUAUGGUGUUGAUGAUGAGGGGAGCGGCGUGGUGUUGACGCCGGGGAUGCGGUCGUUUGUGUUCUGGAUGGUUGGGUUUGGGUCGGCGGUUGGGCUUCUGGGGGUGGUAGUGUUAGUGCAGUGGGUUUUUGGGGAGAAGGUGAGGAAUGUGCCUGCAGUAGGUUGGGUAGGUGGGAUUGUUGGACCGUGUUUGGGAAGGGUGAGAGGGGGUAGGGAAGGGUAUGAGUCUGCGAUGAGGGAUCGGGAAAGAGGGAAUUGGGUUCCGGUCGAUAAUGACGGGUUUAAUGGGGACGAGGAGGAUCUGAGUGAUGGGGAGCUUAGUGAUGGGAUUGAGUUCUCGUUGUUGGGGAAUCCGAGGCUCGCGUCGUAUGAGAAUGUGGCGGGGACGAGGGAUCGGUUUGUGGAUGGAUGA